UUUUCAAUAGGAAAUUGAGAAACAUUAGGAACCACUCACAUUCACAUACUAUUUUUUCACGUUUUUACAGUUGCUGUAAUAUCUAUUUAUAGUUACUAUAUGUAUAUAAACUUAGUAAGGGUACAAAAAUAUCGGGGUAAGCGAAGUGUCUUGUAUUACGUGCAGUUACGAGCAGCAAAAAGAUCAUACGGAGCUUCACAAUUGUAGUGCAUAACCUAAUAGAACUGAUUGAUAACAACAAAAGCAAGGAAUCGUAAGGGGAUGAGGAAGAGAUAGUUCGACGGGAGAUGGCAUAUAAGAGGGCUCGACCUUUGUUUAUAUAUCAAGGCCGCCAAAAUAAGUAAAGUCGUUUUAAUAUAAGUAAAGCAUUGAUGAAAGCCGUUUAUUUAUAACACCAAUAAGACGACAUCAAUCUGUGGACAUUUUCCAAUUGAAUAAUAUUGUCUGGCAUAAAGGAUGGGGUGGAUAUUGUCUGGCAUGGAUAAUUGAAAAUGACGAAUAAAAUAGACUAUUAAAUAAUAAAUACAAAUCAAUGGAGGAAAUUUUAUUUCGGCUCGGCAGCCAGGUAGAAGCUCUUCAGGUCGAGAACGCGGCAGUAGUACAACAGGCCUAUCAUUGGAUAAUGACCUGGCUGCACCAAGGUCAACAAUACCUUCAGAAUUUCAUCAGUGAGGAGUAUGCCCAACAGAUUAAAAACUUAGCAUCGCUGAUUAUAAAUUCAUUAAACAAAGCAUUGAUACAAAUACAAUAUCAAAUACAUUGCGCACAAAUAAACUCUAGGGAUUUAUAUCAUCACAUUGGAAGUCUUUACUCGAAUGACGUUGCUAGGAGAGACAUUGCAUUUUGCGCGUUAGGUAUAACAAUAGGUAGUGUUGUAGGAUACAAUAUUGGGCUCCAUUGGAGACAAACAGCGAAGCGUAUACAGUAUAUGAAAGCAAUUAUUUGUCAUCAUAACAUAGGAAUUGAGGGAGUCUCAGUAAUUGAUGAUGCUGAGGUACCAAUGAUAGAAAAAUCCAAUGAGAUUUUAAUUCAAGUUAAAGCAGCAUCAGUCAACCGAGUAGAUGUGAGAAUAUGUUCUGGAUAUUCUAAAUUCUAUCGAAGAUUUUUUAAUAAUGGGAAGGACAUCCCCAUUGUCUUGGGUCGUGAUUGUUCUGGAAUCGUAAUUGAUAUCGGCCAGAAUGUUGCAAGUUUUGAUGCCGGUGAUGAGGUAUUCUUAGCUAUUCCAUCAUGGAGGCCUGGUACCAUGGCCGAGUAUCUCGUUAUAGCUGAAAAUCAAGUUGCUAAAAGACCCAAACGAAUAACAUUUGAGGCAUCAGCUAGUUUGCCUUACGCUGGAUGUAUCGCUUGGGAUACUUUAGUGAAUAAAUCGGGAAUUGAAGAAGGAAAUGCCAAAGGCAAAAGAUUUUUGAUUGUUGGUGGUUCUACACCAGUUGGAUGUAUUUUGAUUCAGCUAAUUAAAUUGUGGGGUGGUCAUGUAUCUGCCAUGUGUAUGCGGCAUGCCACUAAAGUUUUAAGAACUCUUGGAGCUGAGGAUAUUAUACCAUUGGAUGGCUCUGAUAUUGCAAAGGAACUUGGACUUCAUGAUAGAUAUCAUGUAAUUUUCUACACAGACGACCAGUUAAUUGAUAUUCGUAUUUUGAAGAAGCGAUUACUGCCACAUGGUUUAUUUGUAUCCACCUUACCUGCAUCACUCACUUCAGAUUCGCUUGGUUUUAUAUUUGGAAUGCUUUUUGCUGCACAAGUCCGAGUGAAACUUUUGUUCCAAUAUCUUUUUGGAAUUAAUACUUAUAAUUAUAAUGAUGGAAUGAAAAUUAAACCAUCAAUACUGGAAAUAAUUCGUGAACUGGUUGAUGCGGACCAACUUCAAAGUGUUGUUGGUGCAGCAUUCCGUCCGAAUCAUGCUGAACAAGCUUUACAACAUGUUUUGGGAACACAUGCAAUCGGCAGUACUAUUAUUAAGUUUCAAUGACGCUUAAUACAGUUGGAAAAAAAUGUGAUACGAUUUAUGCAAACAAAGUUUAUUGAGGUUGCAAAUUAGUGUGUGCUUGACAAGCUGAGUUGUCUUUAAAUAAUUAUAAUAAUGAAAUGUAAUGCUGAACAGAUAAUGUGUUACUGAAGGAUUUAUUACCAUUCAAACUGAUUGUGUUAAUAUUUUAUUCUGGAAAAAUUAUUUUAAAGGAGUUAUUUGAAAAUGUUAUAGAAUUUCUUUCUUGCUCUCAUUUAAUCGAAUUAUUAGUAUUACUGGAAUUGUAGCAUAGCAUGAGGAUUGAUUUAUAUUUCAUAUACAUGAGAAAUAUUAUAGGAAGAAAAGAGGUUGGUAAAAGUAGUUGACCCAAUGACUCUUAUACCAGUUGGUUAUAAAAACCAUUGAUUGUUAAAUAAUUGUUAUAGAUAAAACACAAUUUACGGAUUGCUGUUAAAAGUAAUAAAGUUACGAAAAUAGACAGGUUACAAAAUUUUUGAAAGAAACAUGGAAAUAGAGAAUGAGAAAUUUUUCCGAUAUUGACAUAAGAUUUCCACUAAUGCGUUUAUUUGCCCUUUCCACGGAAUUUACCACCACUUGUUUUAACUUUCUUGACGGAUGGCUUUUGUGAUUUUUUCUCUUCCGCCUAUAACAAAAAAAGAUAACACAGUAAUGAACAAGUGUUUAUCAUAAAAUUGUGAUCAUGUCAUUUCAUUGUAAAAAAAAGAGUCGCAUAUUGGAGCAACCGAUCAUAAAAAUGCAUUUGUAACUACAAUUAGAUUUGACUCACUUUACGCUUUGUUGAUGGGGUGGUUGUCAACACUUUGAAAAAUGAAUCAAGUCUUCCCUGUGUUGAUGUGGUUUUGGCCUUUGCCAAUUUCUUGGCUCCAUUACGAAUUCUAGUUUCAUCAAACUGUUUCUCUUCGCAAAGAAAUCUAACGAGACCUUCUUCAUCAGGUUCAUUCCAUUUCAACUACAAUCAGCAGUAAUAGUAAAAUCAAGUGAAUUCAUUAAAAUAAUUUUGAAAAAGUUAAUUAAAAUUUAAUUUACCUCAAUACUAUUAGCAUCUGCAACUUCAGGUUCCAAAAACAAUUGCCUCGCUUCUUGAUAAUUCCACUCAGUAGGGAUGACAUAUUUCUUACUAUCAAUAUUGUCAAUGAUUUUUUCAAUAGACUUGUGAUUUUUUAUGAGCUCGAUGGCUCUCUUGGGGCCAAUUCCUCUGAUAGUGCUUGUAUAAUCACAACCAAGCAUAAUACAGAAAUCAAUGAACUCUUGUUUUGUCAAUUCCAUACCUUCUAAUACUUUAUCAAGAUGGAUCUCCUGUACAGGAAUUUUUCUAACUUCGCUGAAGGUUAAAUGUCUUAAUAAAAUAUUGCUUCCAAAGGUGAGUGCAUCCAUAUCCUCAGUAGCAGCGGCAAAAACCUUUCCAGCCUCAACUAGAGCAGCACACUGAGCUUCAGCCUCACAGGGUGCUUCCACAUACGGAAUACCCAUGAGCUUCAACAACUGCUUGGCCUCAUUUACAUGGGUCGAUGUGACUUUGACUAGUCUGCGAUUGAACUUACUAAUAUCCUCAGUAUUUCCAGCCUCCUCAGCAGCUGCUAAUGCUUUCUGGGCCUCAUCUCUUCUCUCAGCACGCUUUGCCAGUUCUCCACCUUUUAAAUUGGGGGGUUUUCCAUCAAACACAUAGACUGGUUUAACGCCAUUUUCAACUAGGCGUAUUGUUCUAUAAAAUAUGCCCAUCAGAUGGCUGAAAACAAUUAAUCAAUCAAUGGUUAUUUACAUAAUGUAUGGAUUCCUCAAUCAGUUGCAAUAUUCAAUUACCAACAAUGCAAUGAAACUCACCUUGUUGUUUCUCCGUCUGCUGAUGUUAAUUGUGCUCCAUCAGUUCUAACAGCAAUUAAAAAUUGGUAUAGACACAUAGAUGCAUCGAUAGCAAUUUUUCGCCC